GUGACGGGAGCGGGCGGGUGGGUGACGGCGAGUUCUGCAUUGCUUGGAGGGAACCAGCGUCCAAGGCCGAGAGGGGAGGGGGCUCGGCCUCGGGCGGGUGGGAGGCGUGAUAUGUCUCUCGAAGAUCCGUUUUUUGUAGUACGAGGCGAGGUGCAGAAGGCGGUGAACACAGCCCGUGGGCUAUACCAGCGGUGGUGCGAGCUCUUGCAGGAGGGCGCGGCGGUCGGACGCGAGGAGCUGGACUGGACGACCAAUGAGCUGAGGAAUGGCUUGCGCAGCAUCGAGUGGGACCUCGAGGACCUGGAGGAGACCAUCGGCAUUGUGGAAGCCAACCCAGGCAAGUUCAAGCUCCCAGCCGGAGAUCUGCAGGAGAGAAAGGCGUUUGUGGAGAGGAUGCGGGAAGCAGUCCAGGAAAUGAAAGACCACAUGGUCAGCCCCGCAGCCAUAGCCUUCAUGGAGAAGAAUAAUAGAGAGAUGUUAACGGGCAAGCCAGCCACCCUGAAAUCAUCCAGCGACUUGCUGGACGCCAGUGUGGUGUCGGCCACCUCUCGCUACAUUGAAGAGCAGCAGGCUACACAGCAGCUGAUCAUGGACCAACAGGAUCAACAGCUGGAAAUGGUGUCUGGGAGCAUCCGGGUUCUGAAACACAUGUCUGGCCGAGUUGGGGAGGAGCUGGACGAGCAGGGCAUUAUGCUGGACGCCUUUGCUCAUGAGAUGGACCACACCCAGUCCCGGAUGGAUGGCGUCCUCAGGAAGAUGGCCAAAGUAUCCCACAUGACCAGUGACCGCCGACAGUGGUGUGCCAUUGUGGUGCUGCUGGGGGUGCUUCUCCUGGUCCUCAUCCUGUUCUUCUCUCUCUGAUCCUGGUCCUCCCCCAGGGCGUUGGAGCUGGGGGCACCGGUAGGGCCCUGCCCAUCCUGGGGGGAGAGGGUCAUGCCUGGGGAGCUGUCUCAAGGCUCUCAUCCAGAGCCAAUAGGACCUCAGGGCCCUGGCCAGAGCACCCACCUCUGGUCCUGUCUCAAGUGUGCUUAGAAGGUGGUGGAGGUAGGGGGACCUUGGACACACCCCUUCCCAUUUCUACUUCCUGUGCCCCAAAGCCAUCUAUUUGCCCCUGUGCCUUCUACAUGUGCCAACUUGGAAAUAAAAUUCCAGGCUUUGUUACAUA